AUGGAGAUAGUGCUACAAGAAUCCCAACAUAGAAUGCUCCUCAUUAUACUGUUUGAAGAAAUCAAAACGGAAUCAAGGACAGAAGAGACUGUUCAAGUCACAGCACCCCCACCUCAUGUUCCUGUCCAUGUGCCUUUGUCUGAAAAUCUUCUUUAUGCCCUUGAUGAUUCCUGUUUCACUGAAGAUCAAAUCAAUACUGGUGAUGAUGGGUAUUCGGUUGGUUGUGAGCAACAACAUCAUUAUGUUGGGGAAGACGAUGACGUACAUAUUACGCACUCUAUUCUUUCUGGUUUCUUAGGUGAUGAUGGUGCUGCAUCAUCAUGCUUGCUGCAAGAAACCGAUUUUGAUGGCGGUAGUUUUGAUUUUGAAGAUUGCGACUCCUUUAGCAUGUUUGCAAGGAUGAAGGAUUCUACUUGUGCUGGAAAAGCUCGGGCAUCAACGUUACCUAAGCAUCAUAAAGAGGCAUCAACUUUUGAAGCACACUCGGCAACUUCCUUAAAGAAUACCAGAGCAACUCAAGUUGGUCAUAUUCACCUUAGGCUGUCUGUUGAGGCAUAUAUGUCCGAAAAGAAUUUAACCUAUUGUGAUGAUGGUGCUGCAUCAUCAUGCUUGCUGCAAGAAACUGAUUUUGAUAGCGGUAGUUUUGAUUUUGAAGAUUGCGACUCCUUUGUGUCUAUGCUUCAGGCUUCAGGCACAGCUAGGUUCAUGGAAAAGCUCGGGCUUCAACGUUACCUAAGCAUCCUAGUGAGGCAUCAACUUUUGAAGCACACUCGGCAACUUGUACGUGGAAUAGAUGGAAAGGUUGGAACUGUUUUUGGUGAAGGUUGCAAUGUUGACAUGAUGAAGGAUUCUACUUGUGCAUCAAAAGCUCGGGGAUCAAUGUUGCCUAAGCAUCCUAAUGAGGCAUCGUCUUUUGAAGCAUACUCGCCAACUUGUGAUGAUGGUGCUACAUCAUCAUGCUUGGUGCAAGAAACCGAUUUUGAUGGCAGUACUUUGUCCAUGCUAGAAGAUAGCAUUGAUGCCCGAUUGGCUUUGGCGUCGCUCAUCCUUGAAGACGCUAAAGAAGAUGUUCUUUGCUUUCUCCUCCCAAAGAUUUGGCUUUGCCACAUAUAUAAAGCAAAAGGGGUGCUUCAAGACUUUGUUAAUACAAUCAUACCCUUGGUUCGUGAGUCACUUUAUGUAAAAACUGUUCGUCCAAAGGCUGACAAUAAGUGUUCUGCUGAAAGAAUCAGUAUUCUGAAUGUUCAGGAGAAUGAUGAUGUUUUUGGAGAAGUGAGACCACUGGCUUCUAAAUCAGAUCUGCUAACUUCAGAACGUAGAAGUCUUGUUUGGAGCCAGCAAGAAUACAGUAAUUCAUCUCCUACAGGUAAGGUGACCCGUGAUGAUAAGGGUGUUUUCACAGUAUAUCCAAAUGAUUCUGAAGCCAGAAAGCAUUUGCUCAAACACUGUUUGGUGGAUAAGUAUUCUGAAGCUCUGGAGAUAAUAAAUCUCACCCAGAGAUUGGUUUCUGAUAAACUGCCUGGUGAUAAGGAGGAACUUCUGUCUCUUUUAGCUCAAACAUCUUUUAACGCCACAGAUCCUAAACAUGGUUUUGACUCUGAGGCAUCAUAUAAUAUUGCUCGUGCCUAUCAUCAUGUUGGACUAGUGUCUAUAGCAGCUUCACAUUAUGAAAAGGUGCCUGCAACCUGCGAGAAGGAUUACCCCUUUCCGAAACUUCUGAAUGAGAAUUCAGAAAUGGAAAAUAUGAAACCAGGUUAUUGUGAUCUGUGCAGGGAAGCAGCCUAUAAUUUGCAUUUAAUAUACAAAAACAGUGGAGCAUUUGAUCGUGCUAGGCAGGUCUUGAAAGAUCACUGCACUUUCUGA